AAUAAUCAUUUCAUCAACUUCUUGGCUGAAUGGUGCUAUCUCUCUUCUAAUGAAGAGUUUAGAUGUUCAAAUCUCACCUAAAAAAGCAAAUGAUGUUGAACCGUCUGGUAGUUCUGGAAUAUGCCUGUACAAAUUUUUUUGCUUGAACUACAAAGAGUAACUUGUUUGGCAAUUGAAUUUUGCUCAAAUUAUAUUGUAAUCUGGUUUUUUUCCUUACACUGUACAUAACAUGCUCUACGCUGAGCUUUAUUGCAGGUUUUCCAACCUAAAUUAAACCCAGCAAUGCAACAGGAAGAAGAUAAAUACCAGACAGGAAUCAGCAGAAGCAUAUCAACUCUUCACAAAUAUUUUAUUUUCGUUUAUUAAGCAUAGAAACCAAACAUGAGGUGCAGUGUCAAUAUCAAUCCUCCAACUACUUGGCUGCUUCUUAAAGAAAAAGCCAGAUCAAAACCAACUAACCAUCUCCAUCUUCCCAUUUUAUUUCAUAAGACUACCACGAGCACUGCAUUCUGAUCUCACAAACCAAGCUAAAAAUGAGGCACAAAGUCCAUGCCUCCUUCAACCUGAAGCACCUCCUGCUAGGUUUGUUCAUUGUAGUUCUACUCAUCAUCAUACUAAGAACAAACUCAUCAUUAAAAGCUUUACCUCCAACUUCAACAAUGCACACAUGUACUAAAAUCUCUCCUUCUCUGGCCAACACCAUCAUUCACUACUCCACCUCAAACAUCACACCGCAACAAACCUUCAGUGAAAUCUCCGUCGCCGCCGGUAUACUGGCAAAGAGAUCCCCCUGCAACUUCUUGGUAUUUGGCUUGGGCCAUGACAGCCCAAUGUGGAGCUCGCUUAACCAUGGCGGCCGCACUGUCUUCCUGGAGGAAGACAAGGCAUGGAUGGAGAAAAUCAGAGAAAAGUUCCCUGACCUGGAAUCAUAUCAUGCAACAUACAAAUCCAAGGUGAGGGAUGCAGAUGAGCUACUUGAAUUGAGGAGCAAGGAGUGUACUGAGGUGGGUGAUGUAAGAUAUUCAAAAUGUCAGCUAGCGCUGACAGAUCUGCCCAGUGUGUUCUAUGAGGUAGAGUGGGAUCUGAUCAUGGUGGAUGCACCAACUGGUUACUUUACUGAUGCUCCAGGGAGAAUGGGGGCAAUAUAUACAGCAGGAAUGGUGGCAAGAGCAAGGAUGGUAGGAGAAACAGAUGUGUUUGUUCAUGAUAUUGAUAGAACUGUGGAAGAUAAGUUCUCAAAAACUUACUUGUGUGAGGGAUACAUGAAGGAAGAAGAGGGAAGGCUGAGACACUUCACCAUUCCAAGUCACAGGAGCACCAUGGGUUUGCCUUUCUGCCCUUAAAUGUUGGGGUGAUUCCUUAGUUUUGUCAGAAUAACGCAGCAUAUGAGGAUUUUGUGACAUCUGUGCUCAUACUUCUGUUUAUCAUUCUUGUUUUGUUGAGGUGUUAUUAUGAUAUUUGUAUGGAUUUUUUUAUUACUUAGUUUUAUAGUUACAUUUCAGCACUUAUGAGGAUUAGAUAAUAAUUCCAAAAUGUUUCUAUUAGGUUUAUAUAUAAAUAUAAGACAUUAGGAUGGCAUUGUCAUUAGGUGAUUUUAUUUUGUUAGGAUUUUAUUGAUUUUAGAUUGAAACAUUGGGAAUUAAGGAAAUAAAAGAGGUGGCUUAUCUUUAGUUAACAGUAGUUGAACAAGCAUUGUGAAUAAGAUUUGAAUUCAAAGUCCUACACAUUUCUUACCUUGAAGGAUACUUUAACAGCCAAUAUUAACCUUUUUAUUUGUUCUCCAGCCUUACAGGGAGGAUGCUUGCCUGAUGUAGAAAUCCUUUCUAGCCUUUGUUCAGUCUGUGGUGUUCUUUUUGGGGGAAUUUAUAUAGGCACCCCAAAAUACUUUAUAUUUGUAUAUAGAAUAAUCAAAUCUUUAGAUUAUGUAAAAAUACUACUAAUAUUGACCUAUUUAAAAUAAAACACAUUUUUAUGCCUAUGCUUUGAUGUGUUUUUGACACUGAAGGCAUAUAUAAGUAAAUAUAAAGAUUUAUGUACUUAGUUGGUUACCUGAAAAAGAAAUGCAAUGUAAAAAGAAUAUUUUGAAUUUAUCUGGAUGAGUGUAAAAGAAAUGUAUGUGAUUACUUCUUUUGUUUGAUUUGAUGUAAAAUAGAUGUAAUGUACAUUGAAAAAGGUAGUGCUUGGUGACCGAUAUUGAUAGCAGUGGUGGCCAAGAGUGAGCAAUGGUGAUGGUGGCCGGCAGCGAGAAGCUACAAUGGUGGCCAAAGGCAGGAGACAGGCAACCAGCCAGGGUUGGUGGCUGGCGGUGCUACUGAUUUGCGAUGGCGGUUGGCAAUGGUAGCUGGAGGUGGCGGUCGGUGGUGGUGGCCAAUGGCGGUGAGCGGUCAAGCCGUGUCAAUUGCAAUGAAUUUAUAAUAUGUUUGGAACUCCUUUAAAUCUGAGGAAUUCAAAAUACACAAAAAUGAACUAGUUGGUGAGUUUCAAAUGCAUCAAAAUUUUACAUUUCAUUUAUUUUACUUCAAACCAAACAUUAAUAUUCUCAAAACCUUUGCAUUUGGAAUACUUAACAACACUCCUUUUGUAGUCAAUCAAAAAUGUAAAUAUAUAAGAAUUUUAUGUUAUGAUAUGUAAAACCUCUUGUUACGUAUAGUAUUCUUUCUUUUUCUAUAAUCUAUCUUGAAAUCCAAGAAAGAUUGGUUGGUUUGACUGAAGAGAGAGAGGGUCUGGAUUUUGUGCCAAGAUUUUUCACAAUUUUCAUGUGGACCCCAUUAAAAAUUUCAGAUAUAUAUACAAUCAAUUCUUUAAAUUUUCUAU